UGAAAGAAAAUAAUCUUCAAUAAAGCUAAAUAGACGGCAAAUACUACCAUUCUUCCAGUUUUCAAAUAAAGAAGGAUAUAUGACGUGGCUCAGAACCUUUGUCUGAAAUGCAAUUGGUCUCCUCCGCUGAAACUGUAGGUGGACUGUAAAACCCUAGUCAAUUCAACCGGCGAAACCACGCCGGCGCCGAUGAUGAAUGUGGUUGCGCUAGUCAGUGGCGGUAAGGACAGCUGCUAUGCAAUGAUGAAAUGCCAGCAGUACGGCCACCAGAUUGUGGCGCUGGCGAAUUUGAUGCCAAUUGAUGAAGCUCAGGAUGAGCUCGAUAGUUACAUGUAUCAAACGGUGGGGCACCAAAUAGUUGUAAGCUACGCAGAAUGCAUGGGGAUUCCACUGUUUAGGAGACGGAUUCGAGGAACUACUAGGCAUCAUGGCCUUAGCUACAAUAUGACUCCUGGGGAUGAAGUUGAAGAUAUGUUGAUCCUCUUAAAGGAAGUUAAGCGUAAUAUACCCUCUGUUUCAGCAGUCUCAUCUGGUGCAAUUGCUUCUGACUAUCAAAGGUUGCGUGUGGAAAGUGUAUGCUCUAGGCUGGGGCUGGUUUCUUUGGCAUAUUUAUGGAAGCAAGAUCAAUCAUUGCUCCUUGAAGACAUGAUAAGUAGUGCAAUUAUUGCCUUCACAGUAAAGGUAGCGGCUAUAGGGUUGGUUCCUUCAAAGCACUUGGGGAAGGAAUUAUCACAAUUACAGGCCCAUCUUCACAAGCUAAAAGAGUUGUAUGGGAUAAAUGUAUGUGGUGAAGGAGGAGAAUAUGAAACAUUAACUCUGGACUGUCCGCUCUUCAAAAAUGCUCGAAUAGUGCUCGAUAAAUAUGAAGUCAUAUUACAUUCAUCAGAUCAAAUAGCUCCUGUAGGUGUUCUACAUCCCCUAGAAUAUCACUUGGAGAAGAAGUUGGUUCCCUUGUCUGAAACUGAUAAUGACAAAAUCAAUGAGGUACCUGUAGGGGAGUCCAACUUAGUGCAUGAAGUGGUGGGAGAUUUCCUGGAUAUCUUGGAAGCUGCAUCUCCAAAAAAUGUUAUGACGUCCAACUUAGGAAUAGAAACAAAACAAGAAAUCCAUAUCUCAAAAUCCAAGAAGAAAAAUACUUUUUCCAUUACUUGCUGGCUGCAAGAUGCCUCCAAAACCUCAGUAGAUUUGCGAGAGGAUCUGCGGGUGGUUUUAACAAAAAUACAAUUGUUGCUUAGUGAAAACAAUUUAUCUUGGGAGAAUGUUCUUUAUAUACAUCUAUAUAUAGCUGAUAUGAACGAGUUUGCACUAGCAAAUGAUGAAUAUGUGAAAUUCAUUACUCAAGAGAAGUGUCGUUUUGGUGUGCCAUCACGGUCGACUAUAGAACUUCCUCUUUUGCAAGCUGGUCUUGGGAGAGCUUAUGUUGAAGUCUUAGUUUCAGACGAUAAUACUAAAAAUGUUUUGCAUGUUCAAAGUAUUUCAGAGUGGGCUCCGAGUUGUAUCGGUCCGUACAGCCAGGCAACCUUGCAUAAGGAUGUUCUGCAAAUGGCUGGCCAGUUGGGGCUUGACCCACCGACAAUGUUGCUCUCUGUUGAAGGUCCCACAUUGGAGUUCCAACAAGCGCUAGAUAACAGUGAAGCUGUUGCAAAAUGUUUCAAUUGUUCAAUAUCUACGAAUGCUAUUUGCUUGGUUAUUUAUUGUUCGGCAUCUUUGAGUUCGUCAGACCGAGUUUCUGUUAAUAAUCAGAUGGAUGUUUGUCUUGCACAAAUGAAGUUGCGGUUGAAUAAUGGAAGCAAGUCGAAUACGCUUGUACUGAGUGAUCCUGUUAUGUUGUACAUUCUUGUUCCUGAUUUGCCAAAGAGAGCUCUGGUGGAAGUGAAACCCCUUCUUUACAAUGGGGAGGAUAUGGAGAUCCCAACUCGUGUCACCAAACAAGAUUUAUGUGCGAAACAAGCUUAUUGGGGGUUUGAGCAUGAAAGUUGGCAUAAUGGAUGUCAUCAGAAAUGUAUUGUUGGUGGUAGAAUAUGUGCAGCUGUGAUAUCUAUCACGCAAGAGAUAGUGGCAAAGAUCUGUUACAAUGAAUCAGAAUGUAAAGCUAAUAUUCAAAAGCUUGUAAGGGCAGCUGAGUUCUGCAUCUAUCUGCUCGAUGAAGUUCUUCUUGAGAAUGAUCUCUCCUGGGAUGAUAUAUUGAAUUUGAGGAUCUAUUUCUCAACAAGUCCUGAAACGAGCCAUGGAGCGUUGUCAACGAUCUUUACCAACGCAUUUGCUGAAUUUGCGGAGAUGAGCAAGAGAAUCGAUAAGGACACGGAACCAUUCUUUACCCUAGUUCCAAUCCUGGGAGCUGGAACUUCAGCAACGAGCAUGGACAACAUACUUACCUGCGAGUUAUUUGCCAGAAAGUUUUAGUGUUGUAAGUUAUUUCUGUACAUAUAUAAUUAUUGGGCGAAGCUGAUUGCUAGUCCAUUCACAUUAGAUAACACCACAACUCACACAAAAAAAUUUAUCUCGAAAGCUUGUUUUCUUAUUAAUCAUUUUGGAGCACAGCUCUCUCAUUUCAA